GCGGAGACUGCGCACAGAGCCUGAGCGGGAGAGCAGCGGCGAGGGCGCUGGCGGAGAGGCUGGAGGGUCGUGGCUGGUCCUGUAUUCCAGCCUCUAGCACGCAAUAUUUGCUUUUCACUUGGGCUAGGCCGGGGUACCCGUGACGGAGUUACCCGAGCAAGAGGGAAACUGCUCCGGGUGAGCCCGGGCCGCCCCGGAAAUGCGAUGGCCGAGGAGCGGGCACUGAGGACCAGACCGAGAUUGGGUUUCAAAUCAAGAUACUGGAUUCUCCCAGAUAAGAUAAAAAGCUCUGAGUGUGUAACAGUGAAAAUGGCUUAAUCUGCAUUAACAUCCCACAGCGUAAAGUCAUGACAAUUAAGGAACACACAUGGACUUGAGGCACAUGGAAAUGUGUGCACAGAAAAAGGAAAUCUGUAGUUCUUUAAAAACAGGAAGGCGUUCUUCCUCACCAAAAUGGGUACAUUCUGCUCAGUUAUCAAGUUUGAAAAUCUCCAAGAAUUAAAGAGACUUUGUCACUGGGGUCCCAUUAUAGCCCUUGGUGUUAUAGCAAUAUGUUCUACCAUGGCCAUGAUUGACUCCGUGUUGUGGUACUGGCCCUUACAUACCACUGGAGGAAGCGUGAAUUUCAUCAUGUUGAUAAAUUGGACUGUCAUGAUUCUUUAUAAUUACUUCAAUGCCAUGUUUGUUGGUCCUGGCUUCGUCCCUCUGGGGUGGAAACCGGAAAAUUCUCAGGAUAGCGUGUACCUCCAACAUUGUAAAGUCUGCCAAGCGUACAAGGCACCACGGUCACAUCACUGCAGAAAGUGUAACAGAUGUGUGAUGAAGAUGGACCAUCACUGUCCCUGGAUCAACAACUGCUGUGGUUACCAAAAUCAUGCUUCCUUCACACUGUUUCUCCUUUUAGCACCGCUGGGUUGUAUUCAUGCUGCCUUCAUUUUUGUUAUGACGAUGUACACACAGCUUUAUAAUCGGCUCUCCUUUGGGUGGAACACGGUAAAGAUUGAUAUGAGUACAGCCCGGAGAGAUCCUCUUCCGAUUAUUCCAUUUGGAUUAGCUGCAUUUGCUGCUACCUUGUUUGCCUUGGGAUUAGCUUUAGGAACAACCAUAGCUGUUGGGAUGUUGUUUUUCAUCCAGAUGAAAAUAAUUCUCAGAAACAAAACUUCUAUUGAAUCGUGGAUUGAAGAGAAGGCUAAAGAUCGAAUUCAAUAUUAUCAGCUGGAUGAAGUCUUUGUUUUUCCGUAUGAUAUGGGAAGUAGAUGGAAGAACUUUAAACAGGUAUUUACGUGGUCCGGGGUCCCUGAAGGAGACGGACUGGAGUGGCCAGUAAGAGAGGGCUGUCACCAGUACAGCUUAACAAUAGAACAGUUGAAGCAAAAAGCAGAUAAAAGAGUCAGAAGUGUUCGGUAUAAAGUGGUAGAAGAUUAUAGUGGUGCCUGCUGUCCUCUGAGUAAAGGAAUCAAAACCUUCUUCACGAGCCCCUGCACUGAAGAGCCUCGGAUAAGGCUACAGAAAGGGGAGUUCAUUUUAGCCACCAGAGGGUUACGAUACUGGUUGUAUGGAGAUAAAAUUCUUGAUGAUUCCAUUAUAGAAGGUGUUUCAAGAAUAAGAGGAUGGUUCCCUAGGAACUGUGUGGAAAAGUGUCCCUGCGAUGCGGAAACCGAUCAAGCCCCAGAGGGCGAGAAGAAAAAUAGAUAGCCACUGUUACAAGAAACAUCACUCUAGGUCUGCUCCAUUACUUGAAACCUGUACAUAUUCCUAAAGAAUUAUGCAAUGAGUCUACUCUGGUUAAGGUGUUCUUUUCCUCAAAGGUGCCCUAGUGCCAUGAUCUAAAUAUUUUUAUUACCAUUUUGAAAUGGAGAAGCCAUUCUGCACAUGCCUUUGAAUUCCUACGCCUCUUUGCCACCUCCCUCUCCCCAGAAGGAAAAACACUUCACCCAAGUAAAUCUACUGUAUUUUCUCUAGGAUUCUUUUGUGCGCUGCACACAAUGGACCUCACUUGCAGAUAUAGUUCCCCCUUUGCCAGGAGCAUCUGCCUGUGAUGCUUUUAUCCUCUUUCCCCCUUGGUCGAAAUUUCUUAUGUAAUAUUCUAGAUACUAUAGGACUUAAUUUGUCAGAUCCAGUAUAAGCUCAGAUUUUAUUACCCGUCUUUUAAUAAUGAAGAUUUUGUCAAAUCAAAUAAAGAUCAGUGGAUGUUCUGUAUAAAGCAUAGUUUUUACUCAAA